UCAUUCUGCUGAUGCUGUUUAACACCUUUGUGUUCCAAGUCGGCCUGGUGGCCAUUCUGCUGCAGAGGUUUAGAACUCCACUAAUGCUGUCAGCUCUCUACCUGACCUCCAGCAUCAUGCUCCACUCCUGGCUCAUGAAUCUGCGCUGGCUAAAUACCAAGAGGUUUAUCUGGACAGACAGUCUGCAGGCGCUGUUCGUCUUCCAAAGAACCGUUUCUGUGAUGUAUUACUAUUUCUACAAGAGGACUUCUGAGCAUCUGGGGGACCCCCGACUUUACGAGGACUCACCGUGGCUGCGAGAAGUGUUUGCUCAGGUCAGGCAGUGAUCUGUGACCACAUGCUCUCUGGGCAGAUUAGCAUUUUAAAUCCAUACAGUGUGAAGAAGGGACCGUGGCAGAGGGAGGACAACGCUGCUGCUUCUGGGGCACAAGCUAGAAACGGAUCAACCCCGACGGUGGGGCCUGAUGCUCAGAUGCCCAGUGAUGCAUCCUGCAAAGGGAAACGUUCCUGACCAGCGUUUUAUGAAAGUCAUAACUCUCUCUGAUGAAGGGAGGACUGUGCCAAAAUCAGACUUGAAUGUCACAGACAUUGAUACAAUGAUGAAAAUGAGAAGGAAAGUGACCAUAAUGCAGUUGGUUUGUAUAACUCUGUGCAAGUUUAACUUGAGGUGGUUUUUAAAGUAUAAUUUAACAACAUUCAAUCAUUUUAUUUUACUGUGACCUGACCUGCGGUGUAUGUGGAGCAGCUAUGUUAACAAAUAUACUCGUAAAGAUAAAAUAAAAUAUAGAAACAUG